CUUCGUUAAAACCACCUCCAACGCCACCGUCGAUCACCUCUCCAAGUACCUGGCCCUGCGCAUCGCCCUGGAGGAAGCCCCGCCCCCCGGGCCUGACCCCGCCCCCUCCCUCAGUGACGUCAGCGAGAAGCAGUACACCAUCUACACCACCACUUCCGGUGGUGCCUUCACGCCCCUGAACGGGUCCCUGACGCUGGAAUUGGUGAACGAGAAGUUCUGGAAGCUCAGCAAACCCCUGGAGCUCUACUACGCCCCCACCAAGGAGCAGAAAUAGGGGGAAAUCACCCCAAAAUUCACCCUGGGGACCCCAAAAUUCGUCUUGGGGGCCCCAAAAUUCAUCCUGGGACCCUGAAAUUCAUCCUGGGGACCCUGAAAUUCAUCCUGGGGACACCAAAAUUCAUCCUGGGAGCCCAAAAUUCAUCCUGGGGACACCAAAAUUCCAUCAGGGAACCCCAAAAUUCACUUGGGGAACCAAAAGUUCAACCCAGGGACCCCAAAAUUCA